AUGCUAAUGAAGUCAAGGUUCCAGCCAACCAUGUGUGCAGGCUUUCGAGUCUCCCCUGCCAUCCAAUAUCCAAGAUCUGGUUCGUAUAAGCUCUCUGGUGUGGGUGUGUGUGUGUGUCUUCGAUUUAUGGAGAAACAGAGGGAAGAACGGGAGAGAGGGGAAAAGGGAGUGAGGGCGACGAGCAAACACCGUGUGAGGGACCCCAACAGCUGUCGCAGUGUAGCUUGGCGCCAACCAAAUCUACCCACCCGUUUCCCAUUACCACCGCGCAUUGCAUUGCAUCGCACCGACAUUUGCCCCUUUGCCUACAAGAUUCCGGGUAUGACAGAGAAGAUGUUGCUUCGGUUAAAGAGAAAGGAGGUGGGUUUAAAGGUGCCCUUUGAUUCCUCAAGUGAACGUAUCACCAAGACAGCAGCAAAGAGGUGUGAAGGACCGGGUCCCCACGACUAUUAUAACAAGCUGCAGCCUGAGUGCAGACGCGAGAUUCCAGAAAAGAUCUCCAUUUCUCGUAGAAACUCAGAUUCUCGUGCUCCAAUUGAACGCGAGAGAUGUCCACCACCCACCACCUACGACGUGACAAUGGCCUUCAAGGCGCUCAAAGAUCACAGAAGUUUCCGUGCAUCUAGACGCGACAAAUCCAAUGAGGCCUUUUUGUGCUCCAGUCCACGGUUCACCAAGUAUACAGAAGGUGUGGCUGGUUUCAUCGCUAAUCCAGGUCCAGGUGCAUACUGUGUGAAACGCGAUCCUCAACCAAAAUGCGGAACAUUUAGACGGACCGAGGAACGAUUCAGGGAUGUGGAUAAUGGUCAACCUGGUCCAGCGGAUUAUAAGGUGGCAGUACAGUUGCCAGACACGUCCAUCAAGUAUCGCCUAAUCACGUUAACCACAUAUUUACGUCUGACGUGGUUCCGACCACCCUCCUCUGAUGCCAAUCUCUACAGAUUGCGUGAUUCGCGACAGAGAGCAGAUAGUCUCCCCCUUCUAUGCCACUGCCAUCCCCACAGAGUGCUAGGUCGUCUUUGA